AUGGGGUUUAGAGAUCUACAUGCACACAAUCUUGCUCUCUUGGCUAAACAGGGAUGGCGCUUCUUAUGCAAUCCCACUUCGUUGGUAGCUAGAUUGUAUGGUGCCAAAUACUUUUCGCAGGGUGAUAUUUGGAGUAGUGUUCUUACAUCAUCUCCUUCUGCAUGUUGGCGCGGCAUUUACUCUUCUCUACCACUACUUCGAAGCGAUAUAAGGUGGCAGGUGGGGAAUGGAGCGACUAUUCAUGCUUGGGAUGAUCCGUGGAUUCCUAGACAUGUUACUUUCAGGCCUGUUAUUCGUAUGGAUGGAGGGACUCUUUGGGUAAAGGUUUAUCUCUGCUUUCCGGACUCUCUUGGAAUGUCGACUUGGUGCGAGAGUGGUGGUGGGACUUCGGCAUUUUGGAAGUCUAUUUGGUUCGCAAAUGUUCCUGGGAAAAUUAAGGUUCACUUUUGGAAGGUUUGUUCUUCCAUUUUGCCCACUAAUUCACAGCUCUGUUCUCGUCGAGUACCUAUAUUGGAUGGUUGUUUCUUUUGUAAUGUUGAGGAGGAGACGAUUAUGCAUGUCAGUUGUGAAUGCCCUUUUGUGAAGGACUUGUUGAAUUAUUUUCCUUCAUUGGGUAUAGUGCAGACGUUGCAUAUGGUGCAUGGUUCUGUACGUGAUUGGUUGGCUUUGUGUUUGGGGAAUCUAACUAAAAUGGAUGCUUCCUUAUUCUUGAUAUUGGUCUGGUUUGUGUGGAAGGAGAGAAAUAAGAGGCUUUGGAAUGGUAGGUUUGCAUCUCUUGAUCAGCUAGCUUUUCAGGUUACUUCUUUUUAUCAUCUUCAUAUGUCAGUUCAAGCUCAUUCACGCCGGGUUGUGGGGAGAAGGAAUAUACAGUGGACUCCACCUUCCCCGGGUUGGCUUAAGGCUAAUUGUGUUGGGAUAUAUGAUGCUUCAAGCCAUUCUGGUGGCGGUAUUGUGGUUGUGCUUAAAAAUAGUUCUGGCUCAAUAUUAGGCGGUGUUUGCUCUAAGGUGAGAUGGGUGUCAAAUCUGCAAACUGUUGAAGUUUUGGCUUGCCGAGCUGCAUGCAAUUUGGUGGACAGGUUUGGUCUUGCUCCAGUUGCCUUUGAGUCUGAUUUUCAGCGCGUUGUGACUACCAUAAACUCACAAGGUGUGAAUAUUUCUUUGUUAGGUAGAGUUUAUGAAGAUAUUUUUACCAUGCUGGGGAGCCUUCAUGACUCUUAUUUCAGCUAUAUUAGUCGGACUGCAAAUAAGGUUGCCAAUAUGCUGCCUAGAUUUGCAUUAGGUUCUGAUUUUGAUCUGUAUUGGAGUGGGUUUGUCCCCACAGAAAUCAGUGGCUUCAUAGCCACUUUGUGUACAAACUGA